AUGUAUAAUACUCUAUGUGUCUAUAGUCGGGGAUUCCGUGCUACUGUGGUCAGUGGUUUUUCAAUUUGACAGAGGAAAGAAAAUGUUACUCGUAAAGUUCAUAAUAUAAUUAGUUUUACCACUAAACUAUUGCUAGUUCUCAAGUCGUUACUCGGAUACAAACGUUGCGUUGGUGUACAAGCUGUUCUCACAAAAAUAAGGUCUGCUGCGGCCUUAUAUUUUGUUGAAGGAGAAUAUGAUGUCCAAGUUCAAUAAAAAUGCUAUCAUUAAUGGAAUCAUCGACUAUUUCUGUCUUGUCUGUGAGACAUAUUUUGCUUCGGAGGAGGCUGCAGAGCAGCACAUACAAAAACAAAUCCAUAAGAAAAGCCUGGAAAACUGCUCUUACUUAGAAAAGUAUAAGAGUGAUUGUAUUAGAAAGGUAAAAGCUGGAUACUUUUGCGAGUACUGCAAUAUAUUGUUGUCAACUGGGACCAAAGUGAACUUGCACAUUGAUGAGAAGAUGCAUCAAGACAAUAAGGGUAUUGCUCUACUUAAGUAUGUUGAAGAUGACGUAAUGGCGUUUAAUGAUGUUGUGAUCAAAGAGGAGGCGUGGCACGGCUUAACCGGCGACACCUGCGCCAUCUGCAACUGUGACGUCGAUAACUUCGCCGAACAUAAAGUGACAAAUGCUCACAUACUUAAACUAGUGCAGGGAAGAAUUCAGUUUGGGCCGAACAACUAUCUUUAUAGAAAGGUUGAUGAUUUGUCUUUCCAAUGUUUAACAUGCAACAAAAUACUUGCUUUAAGCGCAUUUGAAAAACAUUUAAAUGAAUCUGAACAUCAAAAAAAUUAUGUCAGUUGCACCAUUGAUAAUGUGAAAAAUGAUAAAACAAAUAUUUUGGAUAAUAAAAAUGAUGCGUCAAGUGUCACUAGAGAUAAAACAUCUAAUGUGACGCCUACAUCAGAAAAUACUGUUGAAGAUAGCAAAUCAAAUAUACUUGAUGCAAUCACUGAAUUUCAAAUGAAUGAUAUAAAUAUUCACUUUGAAUCUGAAAAAGCGUUUUGCAAAAAAUGUUAUAUAGAAGUGAGUUUCAAUUAUAAUGAGAUCAAAAAGCAUAUUGCAGAGCAUAAAAAUAAGCAUGUGUCACCAUUAUCAACACCAGCUAGAGUUCAACAAAAUCACAAAGUGACUGAUAUGAAAGGAAAGACUGAAUUAAACAAUGAAAUCAAUAAAGACUUAAAAUAUAUAACAUACCCAAACCAGGGUAAUGAAGAUAAUAUUAAAACAGAAGCAGUAGGUAGUGGGUCUAGUGUAGGUGCCACAGCCUCGGAUGUUCAUCAAAGUACUGAGCCAGAGUCAGUAUGCAAUCUCGAAACUUUUGCUGAUAACAACAAGAUAUCAUACAUUGCAGGGAAUAGUACUGCUCAUUGCACUGCAUGUGAUGUAAAACUACCUGCAUCAUUAAGAAAUUGGAAAGAACAUGUCAAUGGGGUUAUGCACAAAUUAAAAAUGAUGCCUCAAAAAAGACCUAAAAAUUCAGGUGCUUAUUUGCCAAAGCAACAAAUGUAUGAAUUUAUUAAGGAAGUGGUUCAUAUUGAAAAUAUAUGUGGACAUGAUGUUGUUAUCAAUGAGAAUUUUUGUCUUACUGCUAUGAGUUUUGUGAUGAUUAAAGAAGAAAACGAUAAGCUUAGAUGUCUGUAUUGCGAAACGACUUUUGACGAGAUUGAUAUAAAGUAUCAUCUUAGAAAUCCGACUCAUGAUGGCGCCAUGGAACACACGCCGGUCGUACUACAAGACCCCACUGAAUUUGUAAGAGAGAUUCGUCCUGGUCAAUAUCACUGCGGUUAUUGCCACUUAGUGGUGGGCGAUUGGUCGGACUUCGAAGACCAUGCAGAAUGUGAGGAUCAUUUACAGAGGAAAAAGACCAUGAUGUACCGUCUUGACGUGCAUAAACCUGUUGUUUUAGAACACAGAAGGAAGCAGCAAUUGAUAGUGUUAUCACAUAUAAUGAAAGACAGGUUGGGCAUUCCUUUGCAAUGGCUUUUACAGGAUUAAGUUCUGAUAGAGAUUUCUUUAUUUUUAAUUGAUAAUUUUGUUGUUAAUUUGAAAAAUAAUAUAAGUGAUUUGUGUAGUAAGUAGUAUUCGGCAUGUACCUUUAAUUUUUUUUUUACUAUGGUCUAAGCACAAAUGCUAGUCAUAUAGUUGCAGAGCACAGGCUAUACAUAUACCACAGACAAAUUUUUGUAUCUGUCUAAAAAAUUAAAAUUAUUGAUUUAUAGAGUGCUCGAGAUUACUUCCAAUAUCCAUAUGAGUAAAAAAAAGAUUUCCAGGCAUGCCUUAAUUUCUGUGAUACUGAAAAGAAUGAUUAAGUAAUCUCAUUAGUAUUAUAUUCCGAUUAUAUGAUAUAAUUUGCAUUUUUAUUUGACACAAAUGUGACAUGAUGGUGUACUGCUUUAGCAUUAUUUAGUUUUGUUCAACCUAUACCAUAGACGUAGCUAGUUAGUAGGCUGUGCGCUAGAAACUAAAAGAGAGCUGCCAUUUCCUUAUAAAUAAAGAAUUGAUAAUUUGGUGUUUUUAAAAAUAUAUAGUAUUAGUAGGCUGCUUCAACAUUUUAUGGUGGGCACCACAAUUCUCUGGGCCUGACUUCUUCCUCUCCUCUCUGGCUACGGCUGUGUCUAGAUGAUAAUCCGAAACAAUUUGCGACUAAUGAUCAGAGUAGACAUGGCUUUAUUUUAUCCUGUCGAACAUUAAAUUUUCGCUACGUCGCUGUAUUUUGUUCUUUUUUAAAUUUUUUAUGUUAUUACAGUUCAUGUUCCCUUUAUGUUGUGUUUGGUUUUAAGCAAUCUAUUAUUUAAAUAAAAAAAAUGUUUGCACAUU